AGGAGAGAGGGAGAAAGUGAGCUCACGUUCACACAUUGCUCAAGAGGCUGGUCUUGCAAUGCCUUUGAAUAUUUUACUUUUAGGCACUUCCCCAGCAGUCAGCCACACACAUCCGAGCCGAGCUGAAGCGAACCACAGCCACGGGCAGCAGUAAGAGCUCUGACAUCUGAUCCCACGCAUCCUACCUCCGGGAUAUUGGUGUUUUUUUUCCCCCCUCCGAGCCCGUCUCCGAAGCGCCCGUCAGGCACCGCCGCCCCGCAGCCGCCCGCGUCCCUCCCCGCGGCUCCGCCGGCAGCGCCCGCCCCGCGAACACCUUGUCUGCUCUGGCAGGAUCCAGCCGCUCGCACACACACGCAGCUCCCGCGCUUCUCCUCCUGGCUCCCCGCAGGAUCCUGACGCCUGUUUUUCAUGGAGAAAGUCCAGGGAGAAAUGGAGAUUGAGAGAUGGGAAAGAAGCGAAGAGAUUUCAGACGCCGAGAAAGAGGUUAUUCGGGAGAUCUGGAGCAGAGUAUACGCCAACUGCGAGGACGUCGGGGUCUCCAUACUCAUCAGGUUUUUUGUCAACUUCCCCUCUGCCAAGCAGUACUUCAGCCAGUUCAAGCACAUGGAGGACCCUCUGGAGAUGGAGAGGAGCUUGCAGCUGCGUAAGCACGCUCGGCGGGUCAUGGGCGCCCUCAACUCCGUGGUGGAGAACCUCGAUGACUCUGAAAAGGUCUCUUCUGUCCUGGCCUUGGUGGGCAAGGCCCAUGCCCUCAAGCACAAAGUGGAACCCAUCUACUUUAAGAAACUCACUGGUGUCAUGCUGGAGGUCAUCGCUGAAGAAUUUGCCAACGACUUCACCCCGGAGGCACACGGUGCCUGGACCAAGAUGAGGACCCUCAUCUACACGCAGGUGACAGCAGCCUACAAGGAGGUGGGGUGGGCCCAGUACCCCACUGCCACCCUGUGAGCGGCCAGCGGGCCGGGCGAGGGGCAGGGAGGGCUUCGCUCACCCCAGGACUUCACUCUGGUCUCUUCUCAAGAUCUUCGCUCAGGCUGGGGAGCCCGGUAGGGCUGGCUUUGUGAAGCUGCCAAGUCACAAUUUGAUCUCCAUAGGGUUUCAAAACAAACUAAACAAGCCAAAAAGGAACAAAAAAACCCAGAAUCAAAACCAAAACUAGAACCACACAGGGUGUGGGUGGGCUGCAGGGGCUGCUGGAAGGGGAUGCAGGGUGCAAAGGGACAGCGUUGGUUGUUGGCUCCAUCUGACUGGCCUGGCCUGGCCAUCACCACCUCCUAAACCUUGCACCUCGCUUGCUCCAUCUCCCAGUCCCUUGCAGCAGCUCUGCUGCACAGGCAGGGACGUGCAGCCCCGUUUGCUGAGGAGUGACAUGACCUUCCUGUUCCAUGCAACCCCCAGGGAACUCUGGCUUCUUGCUUAUGGGGACGGCUGGCCGCCCAGCUGGCACCCAAAAUGCUUUGCUUUGCACUUUCUCUUCUCAGCUGGCAGGGCUGGCUGCCCAUCACCAUGCUGGGGGCUGGCAGCAGCCCUUGUCUCUCCCACCACCCACAGCCCCUUGCCUCAGCUGCCUGGUACAAACCCUCCUGGGCCUGGAGAGGCUGGGUUGAGCCCUGGUCCCCCAGCACAGAGAAUGGGGAUGGAGGGGGAUGCCCUCAGGCUGCUUCCCCUCCUCGUGUAGAGUACAGAGUGUAGGAGGGAUCCCUGUGCCAGAUGCAGGGAGCUGGUGAGCCCACCCACCUCCCUUCAGCUCCCACAGGCAGCAGGGAUGUGGAUGAGGAUGGGUUUGGGUGGCACAUGUGGUGCCCUUGCCCUGAGGGGUCUGUCUGGCAGUGGGACAGUGUGGAGCUGGAGGACCCAGGGGGCUCAGGCUGCCAUUAGGAGGGGGAAAGAUGAAGUGGAUGUAGCUGGAGGGAUUCCUGAGUGUGAAGAAAGGUCCUCACUCUGUUAAAAUUAAGAAAUAGGUUGUUACAUAGAGCAUCUUCCUGCCCUCGUGCUGAAACUGGGCUCCUUCAAAUAAAGUGCCUGGUAGAAAGGAACCCCUGCAGGAGCUGUGUCCAGGGCCAGCAGUGCUCCUGCCCUGGCCUGGAAAAGGCCUCUUCCCUCAAGAUGAGACAUGGCUACAGGGCUCACAGCACUGCUCCUGCCUCCAACGCUGACUCCACCUGAAGCUGAGGGUGAGUCUGCUUGGUUUCUGCCCCAGUUUCCCCUUCACUUACAAAAGAGGGGGGAGGAGCACCCCUGUUGCCUCCUGCACACAAGUGAUUGGGUUAUAGGAUGUCCUGGGGACCGAUUCCCAAAGGAUGAGGGUGAAGCACCAGAUGUGCUGGGGGCCUUUGGCAUCCUCAUCCCCUGAUAUUUCCCAAAACCUUUCUUCUUUUCAGAGCUCUGGCAUUAAGGGCAAUGUUACCUAUUGAAGGGCAAGGGGAGCUCUCCUCCAAGGUUUCCUCUGGCUUCACUCCACCACUGCCCUGGGGAGCUCCUCCCCUGGAUGUCAGCUCAUGGUCCAGGCUGGGAUCCCCACAGCACUGUGGGGCCAUCCCCUUCUCCCCCAGGGACACUGCAGUGGGGCAGCAGAACCUCCCCAGGGCUGACCUCCUCCUCCUCUGGAGCAGCCAGCCACAAACUUCUGCUCUGCUCAUCACAGUUCAUCUGUGCUUUUCAUCAUCUCCAGGGAAUAGUUUGGGCUUUUAGUCUUGUUUCUGGUGUUUUGCUCCCACGCCAAGGGGUUCUUCUGGCAGUGCCAUGGGGGUGGGCAGCACCUGGUGCCCACUCCCAGAAAAGCUCUCAGUGGGGUUUUCCCCAUUCCUCUACCAGUAACAGCAGGGUUCUGCUUAGGAUCCAUGGGCCAAACCCCUGGAGCCCCUUAUGCUGAGACAGCUGGGCAUGGCCCUGGGGACUGCAGUUCAAAGCAGCAGAGGUGUGCCUGGGGAAAACAUCUUCUCCUCUUCCUCAUCUUGGUUAGAUGCAGCCAGGAGCUUAUGCCAUUGCCUAGUGCCCAGGGCCUGGGCAAAGGGGGAUUUGGAGAGGGCUUCAGAACCUCUUGGCUGUGUUCCCCAGUGCUCCUUCACCUUCCUGCAGAGCACUGGGACCAGGGUUAGUCCCAAAAUAGCCCCAGGACCCCACUAACAGCUCUACAGCUGCUCUCUCUGGCCUUGCAGCUCUUUCCUCCCUCUGUCCCAUAAUAAAGCAGGUGGAGGGGAGAGCUGGAGGCAGCAGCAGUGGCACAUUCUGGGCUUUCAUAGAGAGGAAUAACCAAGGGCACAGCUGGCCUGGCAUGGCAGUGUGCAGGGUCACAGGGCUUCUGAAGGGAAAGGAAGGGAUGGGCAUGGAGUGAGAAUUGAUGCUGCUUUGCUGAUGGGGUGAGCUGCCAUUUAGAGUCAACACCUCCAAAACUCAGCCCACCAGCCUGCCCCCAUGAAGGUGCCAGCAGCUGAUGCCUCCAGCUCCCAUCUGAACACCAAAGCAGCUGCUCACCCCUUGUGUAGUUGGCAGAGGCACCCCCCAAACAGCAGCUGCCUGGGCAUAGCACGGGGCCUGUGCAGAUGGGAAAAGCCCUGCUCAGCCCCUGGCUUUGCUCUCUGGUGAGACUUGCUUGGAAUGAGCCUGUUAGAGAGAUUUUUGUGCAUGCACCACGGGCCUCUCCCCAGCACAGCCCUGCUGAUCUCUGCCAGGAGCCUGGGGCCAGCAGCACAUACCUUGGAUGAGCUCGUGUGCUCCCUGUGCUCUGCGGAUGCUGGGCCAGGGCUGUUUCCGUACAGGGAUGUUUCAGCUUUAGUCUAAGCUCACACAUUAACCUUUGAGGUUAAUAUUCUCCAGGUGGGAGUUUUAUGUGUCAGUGCAAAAGCCUCCCUCUUCCUCCCCUCAGCUAAAAGUGGGCUCAGUCGUGGUCAGCAGGGAGGUGAUUCUUGGGGUGGCUGGGAAGUCCCCAUGCUCAUGCCUGACCCACCUGAGUGCCUUGGCUUUGGGGGAGCAGCAGUCAGGACCCCCCACCACACCUCAUUUUUCAACAAGGCUUGGUCUCUUUGGUUUUCUUUGCAUCCCUAGGAAAAAUGCCCAACCCAGGGCCUCGUGCAGCCACCCACGAGUGCGUGUGCUGGGCCUGGAGCUGUUUCCAGGCACAUUUUGCUAAAGCAAAGCCAGAUGCGUGCAGCUGCUGUCCCUGGAGGAGCCCCCCACCCCCUCCCUGCCCUCCCUCAGCCAAAUCACAGCCCAGUUGAAUAGAUGCAAAACAAAAACAUGUUUAUUUUUACCAGUUCUGUAGGAAGUCAAAUGAAGCAGGGAGGGCAGCCAGGGCACAGCUCACCAGGGGAAGAGACAGAGCCGAAGUGAAUGUCCCCUCUCUGCUGCCCACCCCGCAGCUCAGCAGCCCAGGCUCAGCUCAACCCAGGCUCAGCUCAAUUCUCAUCUAGGGAGAGAGGAAAAUGAACAGAAGAAAGAAAAGAAUGCCAUUCCCAAGUGAGAGAGCUGAUAAAUGCUGGUGGAGGAGCAGGAAGGGAGGCUGGUGCUGCCUCUGGCUGCUGGCACAGGCUGAUGCCUGCACGGCUGCUCCCCACUGCCCCCAGCCCCAUCGCUCCCCCAAACCCACUGCAGCUGCUGGGGACCCCUGUACCCCCUUCUCUUCAGGCCCUGCUCACCUCCCAGCACGCCUGGCUGAGCUCAGGGCACUGCCAACACGCGCCUGGGGCUCGGCUGCUCUCGGCUGUGCUGUGUAGGGACGGACUUGCAACGUUCCCCACAUUCAUGGGUGAGAAGCUGAGGGCCCGGUGCUGGCAUGUGCUGGGCACCAGCCGGUCUCUGCCUUUCUCUGGGGGAACCCCAAUGUCCCCCAGCCCCAUUGGCCUUCCCCAGGACUGCUCCUGCUGGCCCUGCUCCUCUGAUGGCCGUGCUGCUGCGGUUGCCCCCGUGCCAGCUGCCCAAGCCCAGCUCAGAGCUACCAUCCCUGGGACCAGGGCAGGAUCUGGCCCUUGGCUCGGCCUCUGCUUUAGCAUCAGAGCUGGGCUUGGGCCCAUCACCCAGCUGGGAAGGUCUUUGUGUCCCCUGCCAGCAGCAGCUGAACGGCAAGGGAGGAGGGGAUUGGUGCCCCUAGGGCAGGGUCCCUAUCCUGGCUCUCUUUGAGGUCACCUGUCUGUACCAGCCAUCUGGUGUCCCCCCACCCCAGCUCCACACUGAGCUUGGUCAGAGGAGCUCAGCACUGGAGGGAAUGGGAAGCGUUGGCUUGGGUUGGGACAGAGAGCCCGUGUCCCCUCCUGGGGGCAAGUGUAGCCAAUGCCACCGGAGCCCUGCAGACGUGGAACCCCCCAUGGCACUUUGUGCCACCACCCCCUUCUGCAGCAAGACAAAGCCCUGAGGCAGCCGAGCCACAGGCUCUCCUGGGGAACCCUCUUGCAUCUCUGCCAGUGUGCUCCAGUUUGUCCCAGUAAAGGGGAUCCCAGCAGCUCCCUGCACUCUGGGGAGGUGCCCAGCAGCUUCAGUGGGGACCAGAUUUCGGCUGGCUGGACUCUGGCCUCAGAGCUCAGCCUCCCCUGCCCCUUGCCGUGGGGAAGCCGCCCUGGUGCCCUGCUCUCAGUGCAGGGGCUGCCUGGGGGCAGCACCAGUGACACCAG